CACGCGGAGUGACGCGCUUGCGAGUGUGGAGCAGGAUUAGCUCUCGAAGGUAGUCUGAGUGGGUUUUUCAAUUUUAUUCAUGUUAUAAGUGAAAAUGUGACCAUUUUUGAUUGAUUAAGUGGCGGAACCGAACGUGGGAAUUUUGAUGGUGGAGAAAAGGACGAAUUUCAAACUGUCAAGUGCGAGGAAUUUCCACGAAGGAUUAAAUUCUCUUGAUGGAAUUUUUCGCGGGUCGAGUCAAUAAAACGCGCUUAAUCUCAAUUAAGGGAGGAAAAAGUGAUGAUGUGAAAGGGGUGUAACGAGCCGACGAUGGCGUCGAUGGUGGUGAAGUUGGCGGUGAACGUGCUCCUGUGGGGUGUUAUCCAGGCCGUGUCAACUAACGGGGGUUUACGUUGGGUCCGCGUCAACGUCCCCCAGUACCGCGUACCUGGCGAGACAGCCCUUCUGCAGUGCGACUACGACCUAGGCAACGACACCCUCUACGCAGUCAAGUGGUACAAAGACCACGAAGAAUUCUACCGUUUUGUACCAAAAACCCGACCCCAGGCCACUUCCUACCCAGUGGAGGGGGCCCGAGUUGAUAUGUCCAAAUCAGACAGCAGGAAAGUGGUCCUUCAUCCUGUCAGUUGGAAAUCGAGCGGACUCUACCGAUGCGAGGUGUCGGCUGAAGCGCCAUCUUUCUCCUCGGCACAGAGCGAGUCCAGGAUGGAAGUUGUAUCUUUCCCACAAGAGGACCCCGUCAUUACUGGCGUGGAAAUGCAAUAUCAGAUCGGCGACGAGAUUACACUUAACUGUACUUCAGGAAAGAGCCAUCCGGCCUCCAUCCUUCACUGGUACAUCAACGAACAACAGGUAACGAGCCAGAACGCCCUGAUUCGCUACGCCCCGAUCCACCACCGCCAGGGUUUGAUAACAACGACCCUUGGGCUGCGGUUCACCCUCGGUGCCCAUCACUUCCAAGGCGGUUCAAUGAAAGUCAAGUGCAUGGCGUCGGUGUCACCGGCGUUGUGGCGCAGCGACCGCGAAAGCGUCGUCCAGAACUUGCCGAUUAAGGACAUGCGAGAGGCCCUCCUUCUCGGUGAGUGGACCACCUUCAUCCAAUCCCCCUGGCAUGUGAAAAAUUCCACCACCAGGACGUCGAAAUCUUCCCCCCUCCUCCGUCUGGUGGUCCUGCUCUUCGUCACAGUUUUCGCUCUGACGUAAUGUGAUAAAUAGUUUUGUAAAAACGUGACAUUGUGUGAGUGGUGCGCCCUGAAGACGUCGUAAACGCCCGAAACGACCUAAUAAUAACGUGGUGAUUUACAGUGCGGCGCAAUAAACUCAGCAUUUAGACCCAGAAAUGACCCCAAGUCUUCAUCCGCCUCCUAAAAAUCAAAACGUAGGCUUAAUUUUGAUCGAUUGUACCAAGCUAGGAGAUGGCGUGCAGGUGCCCUAGACUGUACGUGUUUUCGUAAUGUGAUAAUUUUUUUUAAUGUAAUGAAACACUAGUGUAAGGUAUUGACGCUUUCCGCUGUUAAAACUUUCAUUACGACGGUUUUACUUGAGCCAAAGUCCAGGUUUUGGGUUUUUGAGCUAGACAUUGGCCCAAAAUUUGGACUUUCUUGUGUAUGUUCUGGAGGGGCGUCUUUGACGCCCCUCCACAGUUAUAACUCUACGAAAUGCUUUUGCACAAUGUACAUACUAAAUAGGCUAUAUAAAUACAAUCAAUCAUGUUUUGAUAAUUAAGCAAAAAAAUUCUAUUUAUUUUCCAUCAUCCAUUGUAAAAAGAAGCAUAUUUUUAUCGUUUGUCAACGAUUCAAAAAAUAUUACAAUAAAGAUGAAUAAAGUGUGACUUGAAUGUUAUUCGA